AAAAAAUGUGUAGCCUCGAGAAGCGUGGAAAUGUGUGGGUCCUCACGCUGGCCGGAGAUGACCCCCAGCACCGUCUCAAUCCAACCCUAAUCGAUUCUCUGGCCUCCGCCCUUUCUCGUCUCGCCUCUCACGCCACCCCCGGUUCCGUCCUCCUCACCACCGCCCAAGGCAAAUUCUUCUCCAACGGCUUCGAUCUCGCCUGGGCCCGCGCCGCAUCAUCUCCCUCCGCGGCCUUCGGUCGCCUCCAGUCACUCGUUGAAUCCUUCAGGCCCAUCGUCGCCGCGCUCAUCUCCCUUCCCAUGCCAACCAUCGCCGCCGUCAACGGCCACGCCUCCGCAGCCGGGUUCAUGCUCGCGUUUAGCCACGACUACGUUCUGAUGCGCGGCGACCGCGGUGUGCUCUAUAUGCCGGAGGUGGACCUCGGGCUGCCGCUGCCGGACUACUUCACCGCCGUGAUGAGGUCGAAGAUGAAGUCGGGGGCGGUGCUGCGUGACUUGUUACUGGGCGGCGCAAAGAUGACGGGGGCUGAGGCAGUGAAGAUGGGGAUCGUGGAUUCGGCGCACGAUAGCGAGGAGAGCACGGUGGAGGCUGCGAUACGCCUGGGGGAGCAGUUAGCUGGAAGGAAAUGGGUGGGUGAAGUUUACGCAGAGAUAAGAAAGAGUUUGUAUCCUGUUGCGUGCAACGCUCUGGGUUUGACUCAGAAAGCGAUCGUAUCCAAGAUCUGAAAUCUCAUUCUCACCACUCUUUCUCCAAUUCUCUUCCACCUUUUUUAUUUCUGCUUUCAUCUUAUCAGAAGGAUCCCAUCUUUUAUUCUAUUCAAUAAGGCCUUCUUAUCCUCUUUCUCUAUCA